UCUUUCAUGCAUGACUGCAGGAAAAUUUCGAGGGCAGCUAGCUACUGCUUGCGCUAUUGAUGGCUUAAACUGGAUGUUUCCAGUUGUAUAUGGAGUUAUUGAAUCAGAGUCAACCGAGGGGUGGGAGUGGUUCAUGGAGAGGCUAAAGGAGGCUAUUAGAAUUCCACCCAAUCUCGCCAUAUGCACUGAUGCCGGCAAAGGGAUAUGUGAGGCAGUAAGUAACAUUUUUCCUCAAGUUGAGCAUAGAGAGUUUAUGAGACACUUGGUGAUCAAUUUUAGAAAGAAAUUUGUGGGUAAAGUGUUUGAUGACCACUUAUGGCCAGCCUCUUAUUCAUGGACUCGAGAGGACUUUGAGACCCACAUGGCGCCAAUGGAAGCAGCUAGACCUGAUAUUAAGAAAUUUUUUUCUGUAUGGCACAAAAGGUUGUGGAGUAGAAGUAAGUUUGGAGAAGGUUCCAAAGUUGACUACGUUACUAACAACCUAGUUGAGUGCUUCAACAAUUGGAUUAAGAAAUAUAAGUGUUUGUUGAUUGUUGAUCUGCUUGACAAGAUAAGGAGGAUGCUCAUGAUAAAAUUUAGAAAAAGGAGAAGAGUUGGCUACUCAAUGGCUGGUAUUAUUCUUCCAAGUAUCAUGAGUCAUCUCAAUGAGAAAAGCAGGAAUUUGCAUUAUGAUGUUGAGUCUAGUAGCAACACAAUUGCUGAAGUAAGUGGUAAGGAUAUUUCGGGACAUUUUAGACAUAUAGUUGAUCUAGCUGCAUGGACUUGCACAUGUAGAAGAUGGCAAGUAACUGGAUUGCCUUGUUUUCAUGCUAUUGCUUUCAUCACUUCACUUCCAAACAACAAAAUUGCUGAUUUUGUACACCCAUACUACACUGUUGAAAAGUUCAAGUUGUCCUAUGCUGGAGUCAUUCCACCACUUACUGACCAAGCUCAUUGGCCCAAAGUGAAUCUUGGAUUUAGGCUACACCCACCCAUCCUAAGGAGAACUGCAGGGAGGCAAAAAAUACAAAGAUACAAAGGAAGUCAUGAGGGGGGUAAAAAGAGGGCACCAUCAAAAUGCUCUAUAUGCCAAGGUACAGGUCAUCGUUGGAGAACAUGCAAAAGAGGCCAACCUGAUGUAGACGAUGAACCAAAGAAGAAGAGGAGGAGAAACAAGAAGACAUCAAGUGUUGCUGUCUCAAAUCAAUUGGAGGGUGGGACAUCAAAUGUUGCUGAAUCUAAUCAGUUACAAGUUGUUGAAUCGAAUGUAGAUGCCUCCAAUACGUUAGAGGGUGCUUGAUGCGUCAAGAGUCCAAUAUGUGUUGAGUGUCUGCAUUUUAUUUUGCUCCAAAAUUGGUCAACGGAAGGGAUGUGGCAGAAUUAAAAGUCUUGUUGGGUGUACUGAAUUUUAUUUUGCUCCAAAACUGCUUCAUGGAAGGAAUGUGCUAAGCUCUAUUUUGUUCCAACACUACUUGCUGGAUAGAAUGUAAUCGAAAUUUGAACUUGCUAGAUGUCAAAUUUGCUUGAUCCAUACUCCAAUAAUUUGUUUGCAUAAUAUUAUGUUGUCAAAAAAAAUAUUGAUAAAAUUGUUAUGUUCGGUCAUAAAAAAUAAAAAAAAACUCAUAUUUAAAGUGUACACAGGGACAAAUAAGGGUUAUGCUGCUAAGGGCAUGCAUGUCCAAAUGGUAAAAAGCAGCCACAGUAACAGAAAAAGGGUACAAAAGGGAAAGGAUUUGAAACUCUGGACAUGUAGGGAAAACAUGUUUAGUCAAGGGUAAAUAAGGGAUGGCGUCCAAAAACAAGGGCAAAUAAAGGAUUAACUCUAGCAUAAAAGGAGUGACAUCAUUAAGCCGAGUUAAAGCAUUAACAACUAAUGAGCAAAGCAUAAAACCCAUGUUUAAUCAAGGUACGUGUUGAUAAAGACUAGUAAUUGCUAAGUAGGUAUUCCCAUCAAAAUUAUGCACAUCGUAAAGCGUAAACUUAGUUGUCAUGAUGAUUUGGGAUCAAAUAGAAAUGCAGGGGAAAAUGCCCACUUGACUUCUUCACAAAAGUCUUGAGGGUCUUCUUUAAACUAUUCCUGAUCCUCUAUCACAUAAGCGUCUUCUAAAAGCACAGAUGCCAAAUAAAGAAAACAUACACCAUUCAUGCACCAAUUAUUAAACAAAAGGACACAUGUAUAAUUAAGCUCAUGGGAGAACGAUAACUAGCCUAUUAUUCCUCCCUAUGUUUAGUUUUGAAAAUAAAGGUUGUAUUUUCCCUUUUAAACUUUAUCCGAGAAACCUACUAAUAAUCUAGAAUCACUUAAAUUUUAGGGAUUAUAAAACUGCUAUAAAGAUCUUCCUAAAAUGGUUAGCAUAAAUUUAGGAAAUUAACAAAACAAGGAUCAAUUUAUUUGGAUUUGAAAUAUGCAUUUUAUGGCCAAAAUACUAUGGUAGGGUCAAAUAAUAAGGAAAAAUAGACUCCUAGGGAUUUAACCAUAAAGACCAGAGACUUAAAUGUAAGGAUUUUACUAUAUGGAAGGACAUAUCCGUGAUUAUCUAAAAAGGUCGAGACUCUUUAAAAACCCACUGUGCGGCUCGGGUGAAGGGGUAUCGACUAUCGGUGACUGUCCGAUCAACAUCCGAGGGCCCUGAUUAAUUCAGGCGAGCCAACAUUGUUUAAAACAAAACUAUCCGUGCGGUCGAGAUCCGACGAACAGGGGGGCUCGGCUCAGCUUUGAGCGUGCGACUCUGAGAGCCAGGAGGGGUGACGGGUGGCGUGCGAUUGGGGAAAGGCUCGAGGUAAAGCUGAGAGAAAGGCGUGCACGUUAGA